AUGCUGAGCAUCAUUCGGCUGGAGCUGACGGUAUCGGCACUCCAUCAAAAGAAAGAAAUCCAAACUGAUCGACUGCCGUCCGGCGAAGAAGUUGGUACCGUUGUGGCACCUGUAACCAAUAAGUCGGCGAAGCGUUCGACGGGGAAAGACGACGGCAGUAUGCGCGGUGUGAAGAAAACCCACAAGGACAAUGGCAAAGCAUUAGCUUUCGAGUAG